AUGCCCAUCCGCAACCACAUCCGCACCUUCCUCCACCUCCCCACGCGCCUAGCCCACACCGCAUCCCGCAUCACCGCCGCGCAGCGCAACCUGCCCAGCAAACUCGGCUCCUGGACCUGCGUCUGCGGCCAUGUCAACUCCGUCUACCACCUGCCCUCGCACGCACAUCCGCUGGGGAUUCUCGCCUGCACGCGCUGCACAUCCACGUGGCACCCUGGUACCUGUCCCUUUGUUCCUUCGCCGGCUGCGCUGCUCAAGGUCAAUGUGCUUCUGCCCACGCGACACGCUGCAGGUUCUUCGCCGGAGCAAGGGUGGGAGCGGUGUCUCCUCCCCUCGCCUCGGCGGAGUGGGGGUGCGGUGGGGUAUGGGUAUGUCUGUCUGAGUGAGCAGUGUGGGUUGUCGUGGUCGACCGAGGCGAAGAAUGAGUGGUGGGGGAGGAGUCGGGUGGUGCUGAGUGUAGGUGGGAGGCGGUGGAAGGGGUCUUGUCUUUGUGGGAGGAAGAUUUGUGUCGGGGGUGGGUUUGCGGUGUUUGAGGUUGUGCCGAAGGGAGGGGUGGGUGGUGAGGGUGAAUGA